AUGGCGAUCAUCAUGAAACAGAGUUCCGAUCACAAUUUCAAGGUUGGAUCGUUCACCCUUCCCACCCUCCCACGGAUGGAUCAGGUGUGUCAGGGGCUGAGGCCAGAAGCAGCAGAAAUCAAGUCCAACCAGAAGAAGGACGCGGCGAGGAGAUUGGCUGCCUGA